AUGAAUAUGAUAUGCAGCAGUAGAUUCUCUCUCUGUCUGUUUCUAUUCACAACCUCCUUUUUCUCAAUUCACACAACAGACACCAUUGAUACUUCCCAAACAGUGAGCGAUUCCCGUGAUGACACUCUCAUCUCAUCCAACGGAGCCUUUGCGUUGGGGUUUUACAGCCCAGGGAGCUCCAAGAAUCGCUACGUCGGCAUAUGGUACAACAACAUUAAAGACAAGACUGUGGUGUGGGUCGCCAACAGAGACAAUCCACUCACGGAUCGAUCAGGUACACUCAGAGUCAUUGAACCAGGUGGCCGUCUGCUUCUUCUCAACGCUACAAAUGCUACUAUUUGGGCUGCUAAUGUAUCAAGCAGCGGCGUGCACACUCCGGUCGCACGUUUACUCGACUCCGGAAACCUCAUUGUCACAGAUGCUAACGAUGAGAAAAAUAUCGUCUGGCAGAGCUUCGACUAUCCAACCGACACUUUCUUACCAGGAAUGAAGCUUGGUAAGAAUUUCGUGACCGGCCAUGAAGUCUACAUCGCGUCAGCCAAGAACAACGAUGAUCCUGCAACGGGGAGUUUCACAUAUCAGAUCGAUCCCACUGGUUAUCCACAGAGUGUGAUCAAAGAUGGUGCCUCGGUCCGGUGUAAAUCAGGGCCGUGGAAUGGUGUCCGUUUCAGCGGCAGUCACAACUUGGUGAAGAACAUUAUUUUCACGUUUGGAUUGGUGAUAAACAAGGACGAGGUGUACUACCACUACACCCUCCUAAACGACUCCGUAUACAUGAGGUUUAAGCUGAGCGAGAGUGGUGAAGGACAGAGGUGGCUUUGGUCUUACCAAACCCAAAUCUGGUUACUUUAUCACACUAUUCCAACAGAUAACUGUGAUAUUUAUAGUGUGUGUGGUGCGUAUGGUGUUUGUAAUACUAAAACUUCGCCUUAUUGUUCCUGCUUGAAUAAAUUCGAGCCUAACGAUCCUCGAGGUUGGGGUGGUGAUGAUUUUUCAAAUGGAUGUAUUCGAAGAACCCCGUUGCACUGCCAAGAUGGAGAUGUUUUUCUCAAGUACUCUGGCGUUAAAUUACCAGACACGGAGCGUUCCUGGUCGAAUGCUAGUAUGAGUUUACAAGAAUGCAAAGUAGCAUGCUCGAAGAAUUGCUCGUGCACAGCGUAUGCAAGUCUGAACAUAAGCAACGGUGAAAGUGGAUGUCUACUCUGGUUCAGUGAGCUUGUCAACAUGAGAGAGAUAUCUCCUGGACAAGAUAUCUACAUUAGAAUGGCUAAAUCUGAAUUAGACUCGGGAAGUAGGAAACGAGGAAUACUUAUAGUGACGUUGUCAGUGGUAAUGGGGAUACUUGUGCUAGGCCUGAGCCUGAAGGUUUUGUAUUCUCGGAAAAGGAAGGAGGUGGAUCAUCAGCUGCAACUAAGAGGCAGACUAAGAAGCAACUACAUGGAUUAUCAUCUGCAUCAAAGUCGCGAGGAUCUGGAUCUGCCGGUGUUGGACUUAUCCUCGAUAAUCAAGGCUACUGAUCAUUUUUCAAACAACAAUAAGCUUGGAGAGGGAGGAUUUGGACCUGUUUAUAAGGGCCUGCUAGAAGAUGGAGUGGCAAUCGCUGUCAAACGAUUAUCAAGAACUUCACACCAAGGGAUGGAUGAAUUCAAGAAUGAAGUAAUCUGUAUUGCGAAACUUCAGCAUCGAAAUCUUGUGAAGCUCCUAGGAUAUUGCAUUGAAGAAGAAGAAAUGAUGCUAGUUUAUGAAUACAUGACCAACAAAAGUCUCGACUUAAUACUCUUCGAUCCUGAGAAAAGCAUAUUACUGGACUGGCCUAGGCGCUUCAACAUUAUUAAUGGCAUUGCUCGGGGACUUAUGUAUCUUCAUCAAGAUUCCCGCCUCCGAGUAAUCCACAGAGACCUCAAAGCCAGCAAUAUAUUACUAGAUUCUGACAUGAAUCCAAAGAUAUCAGACUUUGGACUUGCAAGAACUUUUAGAGGAAAUGAAAUUGGAGCCAACACAAACCGAGUAGUGGGAACAUAUGGGUACAUGUCCCCAGAAUAUGCUGGAGACGGCAUCUUCUCAGUGAAGUCAGACGUGUUUAGCUUCGGAGUUAUAGUCCUUGAGAUUGUCAGCGGUAAGAGAAAUAGGAGAUUUUGUUACGGUGAUGAGCAGCUCAACUUCCUUGGAUAUGCAUGGAUGCUAAACAGAGAAGAGAAGUCCGUGGAGUUGAUAGAUUCUUGCAUCAGAGAAUCAUGCAAUGUAUCACAAGCAUUGAGAUCAAUCCAUGUGGGUCUUUUGUGUGUUCAACAACACCCAGAUGAUAGGCCAACCAUGUCUUCAGUGGUACAGACGCUGAGCAAUGACGCCAUGAUUCUGCCUCAACCUAAACAUCCUGGUUUUUUCAUCCAAAGAGAGAUGAUAGAAACUAAGAUCUCAGCUACUUCAAGCACAGGAAGUUGUACAAACAGAAUCACCACUACUAGUGUGCUAGAGGGUCGAUAGAUUAUCUUUACGUUCGAGCAUGUUCAUCUAUAUAUAUAUCUGCCAAUCUUCACACAAUUCUUCUCGAGUCUGUGAGGUCUCUGAAUCUGAUUUGUGUGACUUUACAAGAUAUACACCUUACAAGUUCGUAAUUAACCUCGACAAUAUG